AUGAGCACGUGCUCUUUUGAGGUUGAUUGGGCCCGGGUUGAGGGAGAAAGACCAACCCCGAGUGAAGGGCACCGUUAUGUCGGCCGCCGGCAGCACCCUCGCCAUGAACCGCCCAAUCGGGAGGCUCACGAUCUGCACCACAACAGGGUACACGGACAGGCUGUUCUGCCGGAAGCUGAAGAACUGGUUUAUGUAGGCCAGCAACACGCACGCCAUGAUUCCGAUGACCCAUGUUCGGAACGUGAGGGCCGGCAGGGAUGGGUCGUCGUCCGGCGACACCGUCAGCCUCACCUGCUCUAUCGGGCAGUCAUUUCGCCCUCGACCACCACCCCAGGCGCCGUAGGGCAGCUGGCCAGCGGGCAGUGGUCAUCCACUUGGAGGCCCCACCACUCCGGGCCAAAGAUAUCAUUAGACUGCAGCGUGAAGAACAGCAGCAGUCCCAGGAACCCUAUCCCUGCAUCUAGUCCUGCCGCCAACACGCGGCAUGCUGCCGGCAACCGACAGCACGAGUGGCACAUUAACGAGCCUCAGCCAUUUUUUGUUCGGGUAGCGGCGGCCGAGGAGGUAGAAAGGGACAGGUGCCAGCAGGCCGAACAGGAACCACCAAAGACAGCGUCCCACGGGCAGGUCCACGGGCUGCCUUCGGGCAGAAGGGACGGGUCGCAUACGUGGUCGACCGUGGUUAGGAGCCACCAGGCGGUGAAGAAGCACACGGAGGAUGCAACUAUUGUUCCCACCAGCUGCAUGCAUCAUGUGAUGACAAAUAUUAUUUACCUGACAGAUGAACAUGGACUUGGGCGGGAUCUUCAUUCACUGACAAAGUCGAGCGCUUGUGACAUGCUUAUCAAACCGUAUGUCUUGAAAGUGACGUUCGCGAGAGGUCUACCCGGAGAAGGAGUUCAGAAAACUCAUACCAUGUUUGUCGUGGCCUGUAUUAUGCCGAUGGGUAAAGUAAAGGAAAAAGCUAUAGCACAGGCCAUCACAAGUCCCCACCAGGGGAGUUGGAGCUGUCCAUUGAAACCGACAAUGUUGAACAUUGAAAGGCAAAACACGAUGACCAGAAGUACGUGGAACCACCAGUCGGGCACCGUUUCAUAG